UGCUUUGCAGACCUGAAUCGUUUGAUUCGAAGGCAUGUGCAGAUAUAAACAUGAAAUCCCAACUACUAUAAGAAGGGGAGGCUAGUUUACCAUAAGCAGACUACUAUAAGAAGAGGAGGCUACUUUUGUGAUCAGCCCUGGAGUUGAUGGAACCUCAACUAACGAAAGACAGUUAGACAGAGAUACGCAGUCCUUUCCCAACAGAACAUCACCAACCUCUUCAGAUUGGCUCACUUCUACAUUCGACCACCAUGGAUUCGUUUCCCAAGUCUCUCAAUCCAAACAAACGACUCAAAGAAGAAUUCGUCAGCAAUCUGACUGGAACUUCCAUGCUCGAAAUCGCCGCCAUCACCACAAUAAUCCCUCUUCUGUUCCUGGUGCGGCGAUCAUUGGGUUUCAUGCAUCCUUCUGAUGUUGUUACAUUGAAGAAGGAUGAUGAUGCAAAAGUUGGUGCUAAGAGUUGGCAGGCUUACAUGGCUGCACUGUCUGUGGAUUUUCUAUUCAUAAUGGUUCCCUUCGUCUUAUUUUUGACUGUUCUAGCAGAUUGGAUGUAUAUCUGGACAACUUUGCUAACAUUGUUAGUUGUUUUCAGCUUUGCAGCCAAAAGAUUUGGUUUUGGUUCUACUUUGAAAGAAGAACCCGAUUCUGUUAGGAAAACUAUUACAUCACAUAGGAUGAUCCUAACAUGCUUAUGCAUCUUGGCUGUUGACUUCAAGAUUUUUCCUAGAAGAUAUGCUAAGACUGAAACUUAUGGUACUGGCUUGAUGGAUUUCGGAGUUGGCUCAUUUGUUGUAAUAAACUCAUUUGUGUCUCGGCAAGCACGAAAUCUGUCGUGGGAGAAAUGGAAGACUGCUAUAAAAUCUACUACUCCGCUAAUCAUCCUUGGGUUAGCUCGCAUUCUCUCUACUGCAGGUGUAGACUAUCAGGUUCAUGCAGCUGAAUAUGGAGUACACUGGAAUUUCUUUUUCACAAUGGCUGCCAUUUCAUUUCUUACAUCCAUAAUCAAUAUGCCCGCACAAUAUUCUGGAAUUCUCGGUGCACUAAUUCUAGUAGGUUACGAGGGUUGGUUGGUGCAGGGGUUGAACAUGUAUCUGCUGUCUAAUGACAGGGGAAGCGACAUAAUUAGCCAAAAUAAGGAGGGAUUGUUUAGCAUAUUUGGUUAUUGGAGCAUGUACCUCAUUGGCGUCCAGGUGGGGAAUUUUCUGUUUUUCAGUAACCGUUCUUCUGCUACAACAAGUAGAAAGAAAUCGACAAGGAAUAGAGCCGCAAUACUUUCACUUCUGUUUUGGCUAGUAACUCUGGUUGUAGAUAGCCAUGUCGAGAGAGUUUCUCGUAGAUCGUGCAAUCUUCCUUAUGUUACACUGGUAUUGGCAACAAAUCUACAGGGUCUGGCAAUAGUUUUGGUCUCUGAUUCUCUCCCUGGAACCAAAACAUCAACAAUUGAAGAAGCAUAUAACCGCAAUUUGCUAGCAAUAUUUCUUCUGGCAAAUUUGCUUACAGGUCUGAUAAAUUUUUUGGUGGAUACCCUGUUUGCAUCAACAGUCAAAGCUCUUUCUGUGAUGAUUGCCUAUGCAUUCAUGUUAACUUUCAUUCCUGGAUUGCUUGACUUUUGUGGCAUCCGAGUUAAAUUUUGGUAGGGCAGCUUGUAAGUUCACAUUAUAAUUUUGCCAAGGACAUACCGACACACACUACGAAAUCAUAAAGAAUUUAAAUUCACUUCUGUGAGCAUUGUGUACCUAUUUCCUGAUCCCCCUAAUCUAGGCUCAAGAUUACGCAAUGAUUUUCAGAUCAUUUGCCUCCUCUCCCUCUUCAGCCAAGAUUGGAGAAGAAAAGCAACUAUUUGGGGUAUUAGAUGAAUUUACAGUAAUGUCGAUUGUAUAAUGUGUUCUUAUAAUUUUUCUAGCUAAUAAGAGGGUAUCCUUCGGAUAUGUACAUCACCAGAGAAAAUGGUCCUUCAUUCUCCAGAUCAUGGCUGGCCGAAAAU